UCUUGUGACUGUGCUCACGGAGAAAGGCCAUUCAAUUUGGACGUUUUGUUGUAAUCGGUUACCUUAAAAGGGAAACACAGCUGAUCACAGUUAUGAAAGUGUUUACUUGAGCUCUGCUUGGACCUCACUGCAAUUCCACAGAAGGGUGUCAUGUCAAAGGACACAUUUCCUUUCACCUCUACCUCACUGCGCUCUCUGAGACUGGAGCAGGAGCUUCAGGAGUGGGAGGAUGCUCGGCGAGCACUGGCCCAGAGGAGAGCCCUGACCAGGGCCCCGCUGCCCCCAGCCCCCAGGCCUCCUCCCAGGCAGCAGCAGCGGCUCCAGGAGGUUCGGGCCCCUCCACCCCAGGUCAGGUGCAGAGACACAGCUGUCCACAAUACCUUCAUGUGUGGAGACAUGAAAGGAGUGUAUGCGGUGCUGAAGGACCCAGCGAUGGUCAACGCUCUGAUGGAGACAGUGCAUGAGGAGAUGGUGUGGGCUCCAGAGAUGGGCAUGUGGACACUGAGCUCCAAGGUAAAGCAAACCUCAGCAUUACGUCUGGCUGCCAGCAGAGGGCACACAGGAUGUGUGGAGGAGCUGCUGUUCCGUGGAGCCGAGGUGAACGCCGACCCUGGAGGCAACACCGCCCUCCACGACGCCUGCACAGGCGGGCAUGCUGUCUGCGUCAGGCUGCUGCUUUCUCAUGGAGCUGAUCCUGAAAUGCUGGCUGCAGACGGCAGCGCUCCUCUUCACCUCUGCACCUCCGCCCAGUCAUUCCAGUGUGCUGAGCUGCUGUUGGAGGGAGGUGCAGAGGUCAAUGUGAGGAUGAGGGAGUCAAGGCUCACACCUCUGCAUGUGGCAGCUCGGCGAGGCCUGGAGGAGCACGUGGAGCUGUUCCUGAGCCAAGGGGCAGAUGUGCUGGCCACAAAUCGAGAGGGGGAGACCCCUCUGAACGCCGCAUGCUCCGGAGCCGAGAGGCCGUCUGAGUCUGGCCGCUACCUCCGCGUGGUUCAAAUGCUGCUGGAUGCAGGAGCUGACCCCAGAACUGCAGGCAGGAAGCAGCACACCCCUCUGCACAACGCCUGUGCAAACUGCUCCUCCAGGAUUGCAGACGUCCUCUUGCAGCAUGGAGCGAAGGCUGAUGUCGCAAACUGUGCAGGAUACACACCAAUGGACUGUCUGUUGCAGGUGGUGGAAGAUUACCCGGACCAGCAGCCUGAAGCUAUAGCACGAUCACUUCUGAACCACGGAGCCAAGACUGUUUCACCAAAGAUGCUGAAGCAGUGCGUCCUCUCUCCUGCCACUCUGGAGGUGAUGCUGAACUCGUACUCAUCUGUCCCUCCCUGUGAAUGGAUGGACUCUCUGUCUGCUGAGAUAAACGAGGAGCACCGGCCUUUCUUCGACUUGGUGCGUCAGCUGAGAGGUCAGCCUCGCUCUCUGCAGCAUCUCUGCCGAUGUGCUUUGCGCCUGCAUCUCGGGGCCCGGUGUUACUCAGCAGUCAGUAAACUGGACAUUCCCAGCUCUGUGAGGGAUUAUCUGCUGCUGUGCAACGACGGGACGCUGCAGUGACUUCGUGUUGUAUGAGUGAUCUAACAAGAUGGUGCUCUUUCAUAAACAUGGUCUUUUCUGUUAUUAAAUUUUUAACUAACACUUGGUUUUGCCAACUCUGAAAUAUUUUUAAUGUUACUCUGUUGUUGGGACAACGAAUAACUAAAAAACAAAAUUGUGUGGAAUUUCUGGAAGGAAAUACAAAUAAACACAACUUUACCUCCUGUUAUUAUAUAUUUUUGAGGUGUUUAUACUUAAGUAUUUUAUGCUACAUACA